GUGACAUUUCGCUCUGACAGCCUUUAGUCCCGCCCCCCGUGCGUCUGACGUCAUCGACGUCGAACGGGACUGUUUGUUCUGGAUUUGGGGCGAGGAAGGUCUGCGAGCGCUGACAACCGACUGAAUAAGGUGUGACACUCAGCCCUCUAUCUGUGUCUUGUGGUUUCCUUGCCCCCACACGUGUCACUGACAGAUCUCCGGUGUUACCUCAGGAAAUCACUGCCGCAUCAGCUGAGAUAUGGUCACACAAUUGGAUUAGAUCACAGCUGCAUAGCAACAACACAUAGAGUCGGGUAAAGUGUGUAAUGGCCUGAGAGGGGUCGCCCGGUCCCACCUGCCCCUGCCAGGUCCUAUCUGCUCAAACUGUCUGCUCAGUCACUGCAACCCACCUCAGCGAUGGGAGACGGACUGGAGGCUGGCAGCAGCCAGAACCCUCCCUCUGCCCCACCACCCCUCUCCUUCAACGCUCCACCCCCUGACACAUUGAACCCCAACAGACCCAAACGACAGACCAACCAGCUUCAGUACCUGCUUAAAGAGGUAUUGAAGACACUGUGGAAACACCACUUUGGAUGGCCCUUCCACGCUCCUGUAGAUGCUAUCAAACUCGGUUUACCUGACUACUACAAGAUCAUCAAGACCCCUAUGGACAUGGGCACGAUAAAAAAACGUCUGGAGAACAACUACUACUGGAACGCCCAGGAGUGCAUCCAAGACUUCAACACAAUGUUCACAAACUGCUAUAUCUACAACAAGCCUGGGGAUGAUAUCGUCCUAAUGGCGGAGGCCUUGGAAAAGAUCUUUUUGCACAAGAUCACAGAGAUGCCGCAGGAGGAGAAGGAGAUCGCAGUGGUCACCAAAGGACGCCGAGGGGGCAGGCGGGAGCCAGGUUUGAUCUCCAAGUCAGACUCAGGCCAGGACUCAUCGUCCCCCUCCACCACCCCACACACACGGGGCUUCUCAUCCCCUUCAACCACCCCGCAGACCCGCGCCGCACCCACCCCUCAAGGCCCUCCCGCCCUGUCUCUUGCCCAGCCUCCGCCUCCACCUCCUCGUGUGCCUCCUACACCCACCUCCCACGCACCCCAUCUGGGGCCUCCAUACCCCCUCUCAACCCCUGACGUCCUGGCCCAGGGCAUGACCUCUGUCCCCCCUCCGGCCCCGACACACCCAGGCCUCCAUCCCGCCCCGAUGCUGCAGAGCUCCCCCGCCCUCAUCAAGCAAAGAAAGAGCCAGAAGAGGAAAGCAGACACCACCACACCCACAGCCAACGACCAGCUCAGUGAAUCAUCUCCUGUCUCUGCCGACAUUCGGCCGCGGCGAGAGAGCAGUCGUCCAUCUAAGACACCCAAAAAGGAAACGUCGCAGCCGGACUCCCAGCACCACCCGGGAGUCGUUCUGGAGGCGGUUGGGACGGCUUCACAGAAGCGCCAGGACCAGUUGCGUUUCUGCGCACGCCUUGUCCGAGACAUGCUGUCCAAGAAACAUGUAGCAUACGCCUGGCCCUUCUACAAGCCCGUCGAUGUGAGAGCCCUCGGCCUCCACGACUACCAUGACAUCAUCAAGCACCCCAUGGAUCUCAGUACAAUCAAGAAAAAGCUGGACAACAGGCAGUACAGAGACGCUCAAGAAUUUGCAGCAGACGUCCGGUUGAUGUUUUCCAACUGUUACAAGUACAAUCCCCCAGACCAUGAUGUGGUUGGCAUGGCGCGCAAUUUACAGGACGUGUUUGAGAUGCGUUUUGCCAAAAUGCCUGAUGAGCCAGAGGAGCCCGCCCCUGUUCCCACCCCGUCGUCGGCCCUCCACCCUGCCCCCUCCACUCGACAAGCCCCGCCUCCUCCUGUUGUCUCGGAAGACGACAGCUCCAGUUCCUCCGAAUCGGAGUCCUCGGGAGGAGACUCGGAGCACGAAAGGCAACACCGAUUGGCCGAGUUACAGGAACAGCUUAAAGCUGUCCAUGAGCAGCUGGCAGCACUCUCCCAGCCCCCGGCCAGCAAGCCCAAGAAGAAGGAGAAGGACAAGAAGGAGAAGAAGAAAGAAAAGCACAAGAAGAAGAUGGGAGCAGAGGAACCUGUGGAGAACCCGCCGCCUGUGAUGAUUCAGACUUCUAAGAAAAACAAGAGCAGCAAGGAGCCAAUCAUUGUCAAGAAGGAAAGGAAAAAGGCCGGUAAGAAAGAAGGAGUUAAAAACAGCCGCCCAGUGGUGCCCCCUCAGCCUGGGCCGACCCCUCUUGUCCCCUCGGCCUCUCUGGAAGCAGAAGAUGAAAUGGAUGUAUUUGGAGGCGUGUCCGCCGACAGGUGCAAGCCGAUGUCGUACGAGGAGAAGCGCCAGCUGAGCCUGGACAUCAACAAGUUGCCUGGUGACAAACUGGGCCGAGUCGUGCACAUAAUCCAAACGCGGGAACCUUCGCUGAAGAACUCCAACCCGGACGAGAUCGAGAUCGACUUCGAGACACUGAAGCCCUCCACGCUGAGAGAGUUGGAGAAAUACGUUUCCAGCUGCCUCAAGAAGAAGAAAAAGCCGUCAGUAGAGAAGCCUCUGGAAAUGACAAAUGUGACAAAGAUGAAGACAGGAUCCUCAUCUUCAGGCAGCAGUGACUCGUCUGACAGUGAAGACUCUGAGAAUGGGCUGGUUCCCAAGCUGCAGAAGAAGGCGACCUUGACAAACAAAGACACCAAGAGGCCGCACCACAUGUCCGUCAGUAUCGGAGCGGGUCCAGUCGCUCCUCAGCCUCAGCCUCAGCCUCAGCCUCAGCCUCAGCCUCAGAUUCAGAUUCAGCCUCAGGUGGUCCAGUCCAAACCACCGUUCGUCCCCCCUCCCCCUGUCCAGUCUCUGGAAUCGACACAGCUGAUGGCCUCUGGAUUUGAUCCUCUGGCUCAGUUCAUGAACCCUCACCUGACGCAGACCAACACCGAGCCCAAUCCAACCAUUACUGCUGCCGGUGCUCCUGUCGUGCCUGGCCUCCUCAACGCAAACGCACCCACCGGCCAGACGCCCACCGAGACGCACCCUUUCCUCAACCAACACCCCGCCAUACCUUCACCAGCGAUCCACAAUGCUCUUCCUCAGCAACCAUCAAGGCCGAGCAACCGAGCAGCGGCGCUUCCUCCGAAACCCCCGCAGCCUCCCCCGUCCGCGCUCCCCUCCCUGCCUCCAUCCCCCUCGCCCCAGCUGCAGCCCUCGCUUCCACUCAGCCUCCCCCAGCCCGCCCCACGGCCCCGCGUCCCUUCACCCCCAUCGCACGGCAUCUUGGGCACCCUCUCGGCGCAACCACCCAUAGCCCUGCUGGAGGACGACGAGGAGCCGACGGGCGGCAGUUCUCAGACCCCGCCCCUCAGUCAGGUUCACAACUUCCUGCAGUCGCUCCAGGCUCGACCCACCGUUCAGCCGCAGCCGCUGCACCCACAUACACAUUCGCCUGCGCAGGGCGCUGCUCAGCUGAUGCCAUCGAUGCACACGCAGGCUGUGGCAUCAGCCCACCCCCCUCUGACACAGAGACACAGCUCAGGCCACGCACACAUGCGCCAGCCUUUACCACAUUCACACACACCGGCGUCGCAGCAGCAGAAGGGGGUAGCCCUGCAGCAGAAGGUGCAGCAGAUGCAGCAACAUCAACAUCAACAACAACAACCGUCACCACGCAUUAAAGCAGAGCCGUUCCCAACAGGCUGCCUGCGUGAAAGCCCGUCUCCUCUGAUGAUGCAUUCUCCUCAGAUGCCUCAGUUCCAUACAAUGGGACAGCAGUCACCAUCACAGACCAAGAAACAUGAGCAGAGGUCCAACGUGGUGGCGGUAAAAGAAGAGAAGCCUUCCCAGUCGCCAGUCCUGCCGCCCUCGCCCUUCAGCCCUGCCAUGCGUCAAGAUUCACACAAACACGACAACAAACAUAGGUUAGACCUGAAGCCAUUGGACGGUUCUCGCCCUGGUUCCCGCCUCCCAGACUCCCCAGCGCCACCCUGCUCCCAGCAAGAUAUCAAAAUCAAGCAAGAGUCCAAAACUCCCAUUGCUCCCAAGAAGACACAGGAUGUGAAGUUAAAGAAUAUGGGCUCCUGGGCCAGCCUGGCUCAGAGGUCCCAGUCCACGCCGGCGUCCGCCGUGCGCUCCUCCAGCGACAGCUUUGAACAGUUCAGACGGGCGGCCAGAGAGAAGGAGGAGAGAGAGAGACAGCUGAAGGCUGAACAGGCCCGGAGAGAGCAGGAGAAGCUACGCAACCGUGACGACGACGACACCGUGGAGCAGGCUCGUCGCGUACAAGACGACUCCCGCCGCCGCCAGGAGCAACAGUCACCUCUUGCUCCCACGCCUCCUGCUUCCACCCCGCCCACUCACUCCCCGCAGGCUCCACCCACGCAGCCACAGGCCCCGCCCACGCCCUCCUCAGCUUCACAGAAUGCUCUCGACCAGAGGGAGAUGGCACGCCGCCGCGAGCAAGAGAGGCGCAGGAGAGAGGCGGCGGCCGACACCAUUGACAUCAACUUCCAGAGCGACCUGAUGGCCAUUUUUGAAGAGAAUUUGUUCUGAGAGGGGAAAAAGCAGAUGACGGGAGUGAGAGAAGGACCUAUAGACACACAUAAGCAAUUUUACGAACGUGCAUAUAACCCACAAUGCUCUGAUACACAUGGUCGCUGCUCACACAAACACACAGAAACAGACUUGAUAGUAACUGUCCCUUUCUCUCUGUAGUUGAAACAGCUGGCUUGUGUCAUGUGAAUGAGAGGGGGGAAGUGAAAUUGAAAUAAGCAACCCUCUUUUCCUCCAACCUCAGAUACGUUUUGGUGUCUGGCUUGGUGUUUAUGGUUGUUGGUCUCCCUGGGGAAAACGGACAGCAAAAUAAUAAAAAUAUUCCCUCGAGGAAAAACUAGAAAGGCAGAACGACAUAAAGGCGACAGACAGAACUUUUACAUUUAAAAGAAAAUAAUGGCGCUGAAGAGGAAGAUUUAAUUUAAUUGUGUGACAUUUACGAAAAACCUUAUUCUCUAAUGUCUGAGAGAGAAGAGGAGGGUUUAAAAGGAACAGGUGAACAAAUUACAAACGGACAGAUCACUUUGUUUUUUCCUAAUCUCGUCUCUUUUUUUUUAUUUUAAUUACUUUUGGUUGGAUUUUAACUGGGAGGGAUGGGGUGGUCUAGUUUGUCAGGUUCAACGGUCAUCUGAGAGUCGGUUUGUUUUCUCAGGACACAGUGGGAACGCAACACCCCGGCCACUUAUCACACUUUUUCUAAAAACAUCUUUCCUCCCUUCACUUCCUUCUAAUUCUCUCUCUUCUGUCACUAAUUGGAGAGGUGGAGGCUUCAGUGAUGCUCGGUCUGUGGAACUUCCGGGGUGCGAUGAGAAGGGAACGAUUUCCAUUUUAAAAAGUUUCAGAGUGUGUCCUUUGCCUUAGCGCUCUGGCCUGUAAACUAACAAUCAUACCCUACAAAUUAUACAUAUUAUAUAUAUAAAUAGAUACAUGAAUAUAUAUUAUAUACGACGAAACGUCAACGAAAAAGAACAUGAGAGGAAUUUGGAUUUCGGGGAGCAAAGCUCGUCUCUGUGUUCAUCUCUGAGCUCUGGUUUUGAUUUUGUAGAAUUUACUGUAAAGAAGAAAAAAAAAACUUUUUUAUGAUUCUAUUGAGAGGAUUGUUUCGUCUGUCUUAUUCUCUCUCAUACCGUUUCUGUUGUUUUUCUUUCUUUUUCUCGACUCUAUGCCAAAACCAAUCUAUUGAGUGCUGAAAGUUCAUUCACAUUUUUUACAUGUAAAAUGCAUCUUUUUUUCACUUUAUAUUAAAGGCUAUGUUUUUAUUGCUAUUUAAUUUCCCUUUACCCCUUUUUAAAUCCGAAGUUAUGCAGCAAUUUGCUCUGUAAUAGUUCAAAGAAGCGGUUCAAAAAUCAUUGUAUGUCACUACUUUACUAGGCCCCAUCAUGCUGUAGCUGCACUUAACUGUUUCAUUACUUACGUCGUCAUUUUUUUAUUUCCUCUCAUCAUGUACAUGUUUUUAGUCUUUCUUAGCCAUCUCGUUCACCACUAUCUCCCUCACAGCUUCGACAGUCUGUAUAAUAGGUUCUUGUUUGUCUUCCUGUCUUUUUAGUUUUUAUUUUUAAAAUGUUUUCAUCGUCCAUGGUAACUGUUUUUGGGUUGUCGUGUGCCAUUGUGUUUUAUCUGGAAGCGGGAGGUUUAUUUUUCGUCGGUCGGCCCAGAGAUCUGUGAGUGUUUUCAAUUCUAUAAUCGCUUUUUUUAUGUUUCAUUCAUUUCUUUUUCCCUUUUCAUAUUUGAUUGUUUUGAGUUUAUUUUGUUUUCUCUUUCCCUUUGCUAUUUUUCUCUUGAUUUUAUUUUACCCAGAACAACCUGUUGGUAUGUUGGUGAGUGAGGCAUUGAGGUCAAUAGAUUCAUCUUGUUCAGAUUAUGGAGUACAACAUCUUUUUUUAAGAAAAGUAUUAAAAUAAUAUUUAAAAAAAUAA